AAUAAUUGUGAUCAAUAAACAGUUUACUUGAUGGAACACGUGCUUGUCGUAUAGGUUAAGAUAAAUUAUUACUGUAAAUACGGAUUAUAUAUCUUCUUGUCUGUGAUAAUAAAUUAUAUUACUACCAUGAAAUUACUAACUCACAAUAUGCUUUCGUCGAAAUGUAUAAAGGGUGUAAAUUUAGGGUAUCCUUUAGGAAUUGAGGCUAGAGAUAUUAAAGUAUCAAAAGUAGAUUUUAAUUCGGAAUUCGUCACUAGGAUAAUCCCAAAACUAGACUAUAAAACUUUAUAUGGUGCUGCUGAAAAACUGGGGCAUGCCACUGAUUUACCCCAAACGGUUGUGGAAAAUUUUGAGAGUAAUGAAGACUUUUUGCAGAAAGUUCAUCAUGUUUUGUUGGAGGUUGAAGUGAUAGAUGGUGACCUUAUUUGUCCCGAAACUGGACGAAAAUUUCCUAUAAAUGCAGGGAUUCCAAAUAUGCUUAUAAAUGAAGAUGAAGUUUAGUUGAAGUAUUGUAUGUUAAAAAAUAAAUAAAUUGUAAAUAUGAUUUUUCUAAAUAUCUUAUCAUUUGUAGUAGAUAUAAUAUUUUCUUAAACCAAGAUAUGUAAGUUCUUUAAGUUGGGUUUUCUUUACUUUUGUAUCUUGUUUAUUAGUCAUUAGUUUAGGAUAUAUUACAAAGCAAUAUGCUUCUGUCAGUUAUUGUAAAUAAAAAUAUUUAUAUAAUAAGUUCUUUUAUUGUAUUAUAAGAUAAAAUUAUGGCUGUUAUUUAAUGUGAAUUUUUACUAAUGCUUUAAUGUAACUUUUUUUUACAAAGAUAUAACCUUUAUAAAAGGAAGCCAAAAUUAUAGUAACUAAUGGAACACUAAUGACAUAUUAAAGUGCACUUUCUUUUUUAUAUAUUUCGAAAAUCGUCUUUGUAACACAUUAGAAUAUAGUCAUUUUAGAGCUAACCUUUCUUAAGGGUCUAGAAAAAGUCUUCCCAACAGAAAUGCAUGCAUAUUCUAUGUUGAAUAUUGUUCAGUGUUUCUGUCUUUUAGAGAGUAUUAUGAAGAGGUCGUACUUGAGAUGAGCCAGGAGGAUGUAUCUCUGCUUUCAACUAGUGUUAAAUACAACAAAACAAACUAUUAAUUCUAAGUGUUAAUAGAAUUUUAUAUAAUCAUAUGUUUUCACAAUUAAAUUUUGGAUUAUUGUAAUGAAUAUGUUAUAAAAUCAAUGAGAGCAUAAUCUGUUAAGAAUAUUUAAAAAAAUAGAGUUUCAAGAAACAUUUUUUAUAAAUAUUUAAUAUAAAAUAAAGUAA